AUGAUUCGUUUCAUCUUCCCGGCGGCAAUGACUCUGCUCGCGUUGACCAUGUUCGGCUCGCCGCUCGAGCUCAUUCCCGGCGUCCCGGUGCCGGUUCCGGUCGCCGAGAGUUGGUACGAGGGCUCCAAGCCGAGUGGGAACGUCGUCGUCGACGACGAAGAUGACGGUAACGACGGACUGAUCUUCCGAAUGAUCCCCCGCAACGAGAUCCCGGCUCAUGUGCCCAUCAGCCGGUGCUCUUUGAUUGAGCUCUACGAGUCGAUCGACAGAGUCUGCGAAAACGGAUUUCUAACAGAGGGUAAGUGACAAAUUGCCGCUCACCUGAAACUGUUCCUAUUGUCCUGUUUUCAGAGCAAGCCUACUCGUGGUGCCGCAAAAAGUAUAGCGACGCCAAGAUGAAAAGGAUCGCUUGCCCGUCGGAAUAG